CUUUCAGGGCUUGGUGAGAUCAGUGAAAGUUUAUUGAGUGAUCAGAAUCUGACGCCAGCAGACUUUCUUGAUGAACCAUUAGAGACACUGAAAUCUUCACAAGAGGAUUGCGAUGUCUAUUGUGCAAGCCCCAGUCCUGUCAAAUGUAACGAGUUCAAGACUCCUCUGACAUCCAGAUAUAGCAACAAGGCUUCAGUGACUCCUUCUUUGUUCUCUCAAGAUGAAUCUGUUCAUCUUACCCCAGUCUUAAGUGAGUGCCUUGUUCAAAGCUUCUUAUGCACAAUGUAAAGUGUAUUAAUUAAUGCAAAAUUGAAAUUAACAGAUGUGUGUUAUUAUUGAUUAUGGAGGUUAUGCUCUUCUGGCCUGUUUGGGUGACCAGUGAAAAUCCAUGUUUUACCUCAUCUGUCUUGUUGUCUUUGAAUCAUAACAUGAAUUAUUAAUUUACAUUCUACUCCUUCACUUUUAAAUUUUUGAGGGAAAACUGGCAAUUUGUAAAUGUGACAAAAUAAAUGCUUUGGAAUGUUAAAAAAGAUGUAGAUGUGUAGUACAUGUCAUACAUACAUGUCUUGCGCUGGGAACGUGCAUAACGUAAGCAGAAGGAGAACCUCGAUGGUGGAGGUUAAACUUUUCCUUACUCACUUUGAUUUUCAUUUAAACGCUUUUUAUAUCACAUUGUGUCCUAAACGAGCUAUCUCGAUGUAAAUUCUGUAAAAACGGAUUUUUUAAUACUUUCUUUCCCAUUUCACAUAUAUGCCAUUUUGAAAUUCGCCCCAGUCCUGUCUCAAAAAUGGGAGGAAAUGCGUUUGGUGUGCACUUUCUGCAGCUCUACCGCGAAAACGAGUACGGUGACCCCAAUUUUUUAUUCCAUAAUAUUAUUAAAUAAGGACAGUUCUUCCUUUCGAUGAGAAAAAAAUUGUCACAAAUCUAUGUUCAGUUUUUGGCAAUUUUACUAAAUUGUACGGAUUGAGCUAUCACGGCUCGAAUAGCACGCAUCCACUUUAAUUCUACUUUGGAGUGUAAAGUAAAAAAAAGGGCAUUAAAAGGCAUUUUUCUGGAACGUAAGCGGAUAAGCAAUACAUUAAAGUCAAAUUCUGUGCAUUACCACAUGCAUCAUCGAAAAAACCUCUCCUUUUUGUCUAGCUUUGGGCUGCGCGCGAAACUAGACAAAGGGUCCUGAAAAGCCGUAUUUGUCAGCAUUGUGACAUGAAAAUGAGCAUAGUGACCCCCACUUUUUAUUACUUUGUUAUCAUCUUCUUGACUUGUUCAGGGUUCUCAAUACAAGGCGGCACCCGGCGAUUGAUCGCUGCAUACUUUGGGAUUUAUAGCCGCUUACUUUGUGUUUAAGUCGCUUUUCUUUGCUUUGUUUUGACACCUCUGGCUUUGCUGAAGAGCCUCCUACUUUAUCAGUGAUCACCUCCUACUUACAAAUCUACUGAGAACCCUGCUUGUUACAUCAGUGUACCAAGUUUGAUUUACAAUCUGUGUUAGGUUCUUUGACUAAGGAAUCACCUUACAAUUAUUAGGUCAAACAAUGGUUUAAACUGUACAUAAUGUAUUCGUUUUGUUUUUUUGAAAGGCUUAAAGUGUAAUAUAAGAACACGUUCACAACUUACGUGUGAUGAUGACACAGAGUUGGUUCAUGGAAGUCCUGCAAGCCCUCUUGACACUCUUUCUAGACACUCCAGUGGUUGUGACUGGUCUAAAGGAAGAACAAAGACCCCUGACUUGUUAGCAGAAAUAAUGGUAAAAUGAUUAUGGUUUUUGCUCAGUCAUGGACUAUGAGUGACGCCAUAUGAGCAGGGAUUUCAUUAAGAAGCGGGGGCCAGGGAUUUUCCUGGGCUACUAUGAAUGUGCCCGCCAGCCUCUUUCAUAGGAAAAUAGAGGAAAGAUAGCACUAAAAGAAAUCCCUAGCUGUUUUUGUUGUAUUUACAUGGCAACUUAAGACAAAAUCCAUUAGGAAAUUGAGUAAUUUUAAUUUUCAGAGGACAAAAACCUUGUACCAGAAUAAUUUAAAGAAUAUUGCUUUCUUUUUUAGACUUUUCAAGGGCUAUAGAUAUGAUGAGUUAUCUGUAAUAACACCAAAGACAGUUUCUUAUGGGAGCCCAAGAAAAUAAAUGUCAAACUUCACAAGAAUUGUGAAAACACAGGUAAAAUUCUGAAAAUUUCAUGUAUAAGAUAAAUGAUUUGACAUUUAUUUUCUUGAGCUCCAAUAAGAAUUUUCUUUGGUGUUAUUACAGAUUACUAAGUACAUCUAUAGCCCUUGAAAAAUAUUUAAAAAAAUGCAAUAUGCUAUAAAUUAUUUUGGUACAAGAUUUUUUUCUACUGAAAGUUAAAAUUACUCAAUUUCCUGGUGGAUUCCGUCUUAAAAUCUUAGUGACAUUCCUGUAUGAGUCACUAGGAGGCAGUGUGGCCGAGUAGUUAGAGCAUUGGACUUGCAAUUCAGAGGCCCUGAGUUCAAGUCCUGCUCUGACCAUUAGCUGGAUUUGUUCACAGUAGUCUUGAGUUCAAAUCCUCCGCCAUGUUUGUAAAUAGUCAGCUGGUUUGCCUCCGGCGAGGUGGAAUUCUUUAACCUGUUAGCUUAAUUGAAAUUAUUAAAUUUGUUUCAGGCAUUUUCACGCCCCACUAGCAUUAGUGCUAUAAAUUCUGCUGUGGUAAACAAAGGACAUUAUUUUUUUAUUUUAUUAUUUUAUGUUCAGUAAUACCCUGUGUAGAACAACUUCUUUUUGUUAACCGAAAAAGGUUCUAAUGAUAAUUAUUAGAACCUUUUAAGUUAUAAAGCUACAAUAUCAUUAUAUUAUUAUUGAUUAUAAUUGACAGUGCAGGCGAUUCAAGCUUUUAGUCCUAUAGUCUCUCUACUUUGCCCCCCUUCCUUUGAAAUAUCCAAAUUUAUUUAGUGUUUCCUCUCUAAAAAGCAGAUUCCCUAAAUUGCCACAAUUUGAUUUGUUACACUUAACAGUGACUAGUGUGUAAACAACAAACCUUGUACUGAAUUUAUUAACGUUAACUUGCAGAUUGCUAACUCUGUACAUGUAAGCGAAAUAGGACACCUCUAAAGCAGAUUAUCAAAAACGUCUCGGUUUCUAAUAGGCACAUGCCUAGUAACUUUUUACUGAUAAUCUUCCUUUUUAUUUCCUCGCCACCUCUUAUUGCCUUGAUUCUUUUUGUAAAAAUAAUAUUCGAUUUUCCUUCAUGACCAAAUGGUGCGCCACGGAUGGAUAUUCGGUUUCCGUGUUUUGCCUUAUAGCACCUCAAUACACUGUACGUUUCUUUUGUCGGAAUUACAGUGCAAAUGUAUUAAGCUGUAUGUUUUACUAUAACUAAAAUCCUUAUUGGUUUCUAAGAGUUUAAUGACAAUAAUCGAGCAACUCUUUGUGGGCUGAUUGGUCGAGAGCUACGGUGUACGAGAGUAUACGUGUAUACAUGUAGACCACGGAAAUGACACAACGGAAUCCCCUUGUUUAUCUCUGCCUCCCGCCUGUGAUUUUCCAAGAAACUUCGCCAGAAAUGGACGUUAAAAACUGUCAAUGUAGUGUUAUAAUACAAAAAACAAAUCGACAGUAAUUUUUUAAGGUCUACAUAGACCAUAGAAAUGCCAUCAAACUGUUGAAAAUUCAUUUGGAACCGCCAACCGCAGGCGAGUGUUUUUACUACAAUAAUAGACAAUAAAAAAUUGUUAUUUAUGGGUGAGGAUCAUUCCCUUAAGUGACCAACAGCAGUUUCUCCCAAUACAUAACGCAGAGAAACGGUUGCUAGAAUUAACAGGAUGAUAACUUAAGGGAAAAUUCCCAGGCCCGGGUUGUUCAAACGUUGGAUAGCGCUAUCCACCGGAUAAAUUACAUGUACUAUCCAGCGGAUAAGUAUUGGGGAAACCAAUUGCUCUAUCCACUGGAUAGAUACUUAUUCGGUGGAUAGCGCUGUCCAGCCUCUGAACAUCCGAGGCCUGACCUUUUAUCAAAUUCUCUCCACAAUUUCCUAAAAGAAUCCUCAAAGGGAUGAGCGCGACCAGCUCCAGUUAUGAAGACGUCUGUUAUUGAAGGAAAAUUGAAAGUUGAGUGACGGCGGUGUUGCCCCAGACAGAACAAUAAUAUCGUCUCUAAACUUUUUUUUUCAAAUUGUAUGAUAGAAUCACUUGUAAACGCCAAAAAACAAAACAAACAAACAAACAAAUAAACAGCAACAAACACAGUAACGAAAACACAAAACUUGUCAUUUUCAACACGCGCACGCUUGUCAGGAUGCGUGUUUUUUUUUUUCCAAAAGUGCGAGUAUUGGUUUUCAGAUUCAUCUGAACUUUUUAAUCAUUAGCACCGUGAGAUCCGGAUAAUAAACAUUAUUACAUAGAUAUCUGUAUCCCGAAUUCUUUCCUUAAGUGGUAAUUAAAAGAUUUGAUCCUUUAUUCUCGGCGUGCAUGAAAAUGUGUACAUAUCGUAUAUAUUUUAAGCUUCUUGUUACGUUCUUAUCACGCCAAUUACAUGUGUAGACGUUCUUUUUGCCAGUCUUGAACGCUUCGAUUGUGGUAAAACGAAAUUUAAGGUGAAAUCUGACCAACUGAAAAAUAAUACUAAGUCGGGCAAAUCAUUUUGCAUGUUAUUGCGUCUACUUUUAAAGGAAACAAUAAUUAUUAUGAAGUCCUAAAUAGGCAUUGGCGGCAUUUCACCUUUUGUGGUGCUUACAUUCCGCGCUAAUAUUGCGGUCGAAUUUUUAAGGUUUAUUCUUAUUUAUUUGUUUUCGAGGGGGCUGUGAGAAUAAUUUGUUAUAAUUAAAACUCGCGUGAAGGAAAAUGUUAUCGGUAGUAAUAAUAAUGAUAUUAUAUAUAAAAAAAUCAGUGACACAAUUUAAUAUUUUCCUGCAUUUCAAUUAUUUUGUGACAUUUUAUUUUGGAAUUCUUCUCAUUUUUUGCUAGUAAUAAUUGAAAAUGAAUGCUGUAUGACUCUUUAAAGAGACUUGUGGUUAUUAAACUUAUGUCCCUUUGACUGAAGUCAAUGUAUUUUUACAUAAUCUUUAGUUGCUCUGUAGGUCUGUAAUGGUCAUUUUUAUGCUCUGUUUAUGCAUAACGUCUCAGCUUUUCAGUAGUCAAUAAUAUUGCUUUGUUUAUUGGCAAAGACUUACCUAGAUGACAGCCGCUUUGCGCUGAGCUAGCUUACAUUAAAAGCGUAAGUUCUGCAGCGGGAAGAAAUAGAAAAAAAAAGAAAGAAAGAAAGAAAGUUCAUAUACGAAACAGCAGGAGUGUACGGGAUAAGUUUGCGUUGUCUCGGUUAAUUCUCGAGUAUCUGUUACCUUGGAAAUUCGUUCUUGCAAGAAAGAAGUAAUGUUCCGCUUGAUUUCUUUCUUCCAGGGGCAGAGGAGAAGUUCACUUUAUUGCCUUCUAGCGGGAAGUGAAGAUGACGAACCUGCGGAGUGGUCGGAUUCAAUGGCAACCCCACCACUGAAGAUCGUAUCACCAUUAACAGCUGCGGAUGCGGGUAGGCGAGUCUGCUUUGAAGUUUUAAUGAUCCCUGAUAUAAAUUCAACGCGCCAUUAACCGGAGACUAAACUUUGAAAAACAUCAAUAGCCAACAGUACGGAGACAAUACUUCUAUGAACAGUUACGCUUAGUUUGCUUAUCUGUGAUUUGCGAACCAUUUGUUCAUUAUCAUUGAAGUAAUUCCCCAAAGAGCGAGCUUGGUUUUUCGCACGAACUGGUGAAGUAAGAAUUUAACAUUUUCUGUAGAUCUCAUCGACGGGUUAUGUAGCAGACCUUUUUACCCCUGUUGUGAUAAUUACUUUCUUAGAGCUUUAGCAUAACUUUAAAGUGAAAUGGAGUAUUUUGUUUCCUCGGGGAGUUCGCUUUCAACUGAGAGAUCAUAAAUAAUAAAUAAGUUAGCGAAAAAAACGGGUGAUGUAGCAACGUAUUUUUUUUUUGUUAUAUGAGCGUUAAGAGGAAAACGAGAAAGACACAUUUUUACCAUCUAUUAAUUCUGAAAGGAUAUUAGCUUAUCUUUUCCUUCUCUUGUCAGAUUAUUGACCAAUCAUUUAUUAACUUGGGACUUGGCUUAAUUUGUAAAUGUUAAGGUUUCUUGCAAGAAAACCCCGAGGCGGGCUGUGUGCCAUAUAUUAUUCAUGUUGUUUGGACGAAGCUUUUAGCGGCUUUCUAGAGCAGGGCGAAAAGCAUAUUUUAUUUAGUUCUCUUUUUGAAAUUACAUGCCUAAUGUUAAUUUAUGAUAAGAAGCGCUAAUUCUCAUUUUUAUUUUCACCGAAGAUUGAGGAUUCUCAACGGUUUACAUAACGUUUUUGACCUAAAACUCACUGUUAGUUUUAGAAGGAGUCAGACCUUGACUGACUAACAUCUCUACGAAUUGAAUAAUAUAAUUGGGUUAAACACUUUUUUUUGUCCAUUGGUCAGUGAUUUAACCGGUUGAUACCUCUCCAUCUUUCCAACCUUUUGUCAGGAUUUCCUCCCUUUGGCUCGUAACCAGAUUCUCCACGUGUGCAAAAAAGUGGUAUUGGAGAGAGUUAAACUUGAAAAUUUCCCUAUCUUCCCCUUCAAUUGUCAUCUGUCAAAAUGUCAUAGAUGCAGUCAUAUGUCGUGUUUUGAAAUCCUACCAAGACUUUUAAGUGAUAACAACCUUGUGCAGCACUGAAACAUCACCAACCAAUAACUGCUUCUCAACCAUCAGCUUUAAUUUAUUUUAAUGGAUAAAUUAUAAAUUCUAUCCAUUCUGACACAGCCAUUAGUAAAUAGGCCAGAAAUUCAGAGGCACCAAGCUGCAAAUAACAAUCGGUCAUCGCGGACAUGUUCACUAAAAUUCGGUUGGCCAAUGAUGAAAUCAUGACUGAGGUUAGUCGUGGUCGGACAUUAAGUCUGAACAGAAUUAAUACCAAUAACUAUUACCUUGCCGCAGACGUGCAAACUCUGCCUGGAGAUACUAAGGAAAUAAUAUUAAAGAAGUGAAUGUACAGCUGCAAUCAGUAAUCACCCUCCAAUCACGCAUGUCUCAUGCCCAUUUUUUCGUUAAAGACGCGUAAUGCGUCCUUGUUCGAGCCCGACCGCAUUUUUUGUCCGAACAAAAAAGCAUCGCUUAGUCGGACAUAUAUCCUUUGAAGAAAGAAAAAAUAAAUAUAUUUGCAGAAUUGGAACUUUAUUUAGACGCUUUUGGCUGGACUUAUUGCGUAAUUAGUGUAAUCUUUUAUAUGGAAUUAACCUACAAUGUAAGAAAUCGCUUCUUUAGGUAUAAUUGCCUCUCUUCAUUUGAAAUAAUAGCUAACAAGCAUUUUCCGCCCGGUUCAGAUACCAUACUUCACAUGAGCCGAAUCGAAUUCAAAUUUUGGCCCCUUCAAAUUAAUUUAUCCUGCUGAAUUGAUUAAGUGGCCGACAUUUAUACAAGCCGAACUAAACUGAAAAAGAGAAAAAACGAAAGGCGCAUUUCAGUAAACUACAUUAAAAAUUUGCUGCAUUUGGUUCUGUUCAGUCAUUUGAUGUUCAGCGUCUGAAUCAACGCUGGUCAACAGCCGUUUUUACCAGCUGAGCCAGCCGUGAAGAACGACUGAGCCGAUGCAAAUUCUAUUAGCCGUUUCCGAAUCGAUUCAGAUGCUGUACUUCUCGUGAUCGUAAUUCAUUGAAUUCGAUUAGGCUCAUGUGAUUAUUAAAUCCCCUUCUGCAUCGAUGUUCUGAAAUACGAUCGCUUGCGUGAACGCUCUCCCAACAGUGGCAACAAGCAUGAUCCAGUAGAAUCUUUAACAGGAGGCUCGAACCUUAACCUUUCAUAGCACAAAUAAGGGCACAAGAGAGCACCGUACCAUUCAAACAAUAUUGACAUUCGAAGUUUAGUUUAGAGUACGAUUUUCUCUCAGUCUCUUCGAUUAGAGAAAGUUCGAAGAGUGAGUAGAUUACACAAUAUUAUGAACGAUGCCGAGAAUUUGCCAGAAACGCAGCUCGUGUCCUCGUGAGAGGUGAUUUCCUGCACGUUUCCGUGUAUUUCACUUAUUUUCGCUUGUUAGAGACAAGGAAAAGAAAAAAAAACUCGUCUGCCAGAUAUUUGGCUCUUAGUGUUAAUACGUAAGCUUACUGUCUUUUUAAAGGUUUUCCUUUCAUGCAUUUGGGGAGGAUUGGGUUCAAGAUUAGGCCCGAAUUGACUAUCAUCAAAAAUCUCCUCCGAUAUUCAAUAGAGAUUCCCAAAUGGUCGAUGAACUGUAGCAAAAAGUCCGUUAAUUUAUAAAGUGCAGUUUGUUUUCAUUAGCGGGUUCUGCUCUUGCAGUUGAUGACAAUAAAAGUGCUUAACGAUUGUGCCGUUGGCGUUGUUAAAUUCUAUAUUAGGAACAUGUUUGUCGACCAUACAUGUACCUUUGAGAUAUUUUACGCGGCACGUAUUUAAUUUAGUUGUCUCUGUUGAAAACGUUUUGAACUGAGCACUGUUUUUUAAAAAUUUAUUAUAUUUCCGGCGCGUUCUGUCCAAUUACUCAAGCAUUCAGUCAUUACCUUUUAUUUCCUUUCUUUUCCCCUUUUCCCGAAGAUGAUGUUGUGUCUAGGGUUAAAGAGUAAUUGCGUUUCAAUUUUCCAUUUAUCAAAUCUUUUUGGCAUCUAAGUUUAAUUAUUUCAACUCGUACCUCUCUGCUUGUGAUUGACAUGAGCUUAAUUUGGACUAAGAUUAAAAAUCGCCUCGCACAUUUCAAAGGUACAUUCAAUCUUUUUUCGCUCACAGUUUUAAAGAAGCUGUGUCACGAAUAUAAUCAUAAUCUAAACAGUGGAAACUGCCACCAAAUUGAGCGAAACAUUAAAAUAACCGCUCCAAACGUUAAAAGAAGGUAUGAAUAACAUAGGAAAUAAGAAAGGAGGGGCAAACUGAUGGACAAACUUGUAGAAGAAAAUUGAAAAGGACUGCAAUUGUGGUUUUUGAAAACUUGCUUGCCAAACAGUUUUUCCGGCAAAGUUCAUUUCUGCCGUUUGUAAUGACUGAAAUAAUGUUUGGGAAACAUAUCUGCUUGACACAAAGUUGUAUUUUGUUAUUCACAAGUGAUUUCUGAAGUUUCAAAGUGAAUAAGGACGUGAAGUUGGUAUUUUAAGCAAAAUGAACAAGCCAUCCGUGACAUCGCCCCUUUAACCCUGUGCAGCAAGCUUGCAAAAUGACACCUAUAAAUGGUACGGGAUGUUUUAUGUCCCGAAAACCCACACUCCACGAUUAUGGUGUUUUCAUUUAUAGGAGAAAGAAAAAACUUGCAAAAUGCACAACCUCAUCACGCCCUUUUACUUGCACUUGUAGAGGAACCCGAUGGUCAAAAAAAUGCUGAUGAAGAAACAACCACACAGGAAGGGCAACCCACGUCAAAGGUGAGCUGAAACAUAUUUUUCUUAUGUUGGAAUUCUUUCCCAUGUAAGAUCUCUCGAUCAUUUUAUGUUAGACGUGGAGGAAGAAAAAAAAUACCAGUAACUGUCUUAUUACAGCUCCAACUGUCUCAUUACUUUGGCAUGACUCAUACUGUCCUAUCAUUCUCUCGUAUUAAUGUUGAUAUCAGAUGCCGAUAACCAAUCAGAUAUCACACGAGAAUGCAUUUUGCCCUUUAUGUUUGAAGGAAGAAAAAUAGCUUCGCUCUUUAUGUUUGAAGGAAAAAAAUAACUUCUUUUUAUUAGGCAGAAGUUAUAUAGAGACCAAGGCCUGCAGACAGCCCAUCUCACUCUACAUGUACCUUAAGUACAGAAUUCCAUCUGGCAAUUUGACAAACCAUUAAAAUUCCAAUAUUCUUUUGUAAGUUUGUUCGAGCGGAAAGGGCGGUUUUAAAACUCAAGCCUACCCAAGGGUUGUAAUUUUUGCUGAAGAAAUCACAUGACUGCUCUGAAACUCCAGGGUAAACUGUUUUGUUAAGAAUACUUAGAGGCGUUAAAAUCGAGGUUUUCGAAACCUCGAUUGUACAGUACAUUAGGUACUGCAUAUGCACAUAUGCCUUUAUAUGUAAAUAUUAACGGAGUUGAUAUUUACAUAUAAAGAAACACCAUCUGCACACAGUCAUAGCUGUGGCCUGGAAUAAAUAGCGGUCAUAAAUAAAAGAGAGAAAAAAGUGAAACUCAGAAUGAAAUAGAAUGGAUAUUUCUUUUUGCAGUGUAUUGCCCGAGCUCUUUUCUCUAGUAUCAGCAUAAAUCAAUCAGUAGAACCACUGGAGACGUCCUUAGAUGCCACCGUUAAAGACAACCAGUCGUUAAAUCCUCACGAUGCAGCGGGUAACUUUUUUGGUACGGUUCAAAAAGAAAAGGUAGCGAAUGACUCAUCUACAAUUCAGGAAUACUUGCUUGAGUAUUCAAGUCGAGACGAGUCAACUUACCUGGACCCUGAAAUCUCUCAAAACCUUGCUGACAAGUCUUUGGUGGCUUCACCACUCGUGAAAAAACGUUGUCGGUCUGACACAGACUUUGAUGCUGGAUCACCUGUUAAUCAACGCCCAUUACAAUCGCCAUGUUCAAAAGGCCUUCUCUCACCCUCCACACGGGCUGCCCUUUCGAUUCUCGCCCAAUCCACACCCAAACCCAGCAUUUCAAACACUACCAGAUCUGAUGCUAUGAAUGAUGACUUGAAUCUGCCACGUGACACGCACCUGUUAGCUGAGUCGUCCAGCCUGUCCUGUCUGAAGGAGCAAGUCCAGGAUGAGUGUGAUGUCACUUCUCGGUCAGCAGAGGCACGCUGCAGUCUUGACACCUCAGAUUUAUCUUUUGGAUCCCCGUCAAGGUCUUUUGAAGCAGCUAUGGCUCGUGAGACAGACAAGAUUUGUGGUGGAGAGGAGAGAAAUUCGCGAUCUUCUGGACGAGGUAAAAAGGCUUCUAUCAGUGCGUUUAGAAUGGCGAACACUUAACAUUAAAUAAUAGGUAAUAAUUAACUGAAUAAUAGUAAAAAAAAAAACAAAAAAAAAACAAAAACUGCAGUCGAAUUUAUCAUUCAUAUUCUGAAGGGAAAACGUAAUGUAAACCUUCGUAUACGUCAGUAAGUUACAUUGAAGUUUUGACAUAUUAGGACACCUCAAAGUUCGAGCUGUUCCAUGCCAAACAGAGAAGCGUGGAGGCCGUGACCUUACUUGCCAGCUGGGUCCUUCAUGGAAACAAAAAUGAGAUAUACGUUCGGCCGUUCCACUCCAUUUAUCUCUCACAACGUAGCUCUGACUUCAGUUUGUAUUGUCUUCUCAGGGUCCUCACUGUCGCCAAUCACGAACAACCAUUCGUUUCAUACUGACGUUGCCUUUAACAAGACUGCAAGAGAUGAACUUACAGAACACCCUGAAAGCCGACCAAUUGCCACAGGAAGCCGCUCAGCAAAACUAAGGAGUGAAACUAAUGAUUUUGCAGCGGGAACAGUAAUGGACCAAGGGAUUGAAGCUAAAGGAUGUACAAUUGAACACGUCAGUGAAGCCUUGUCUAGAAACCGAAUCAAUCCGACUGCUGAGACCGCCACGCCUCGAUCAUCCGCAAAUGAUUCCUGUAAACGUUUCAGAAGUUCUUCGUGCAUAGCUUCUGGGUUAAGGCGAUCCAGCAGACCAAAACGGUUCUUGUACCCAACUUCAAGCCACGUAACGAAAUCAGACGAAGGGGAGCGUUCCAGGGAAACUACCGUAGCUGUUGACAGCUUGUCAUCUCCGAGAAAAGAUAAGGCAACUACAAUAGAGAAACCCUUUCAGGAAAGAGUCAACGAUGGAACAGAGGUUCGAACAAUUUGUUGCAACGGUGCUACCGGUGAAAAACCAGUAACGAAAAAACUUAAAGUUGACGAGAUUUGCGAGCCUGACAGAUAUACCGCCGUUGUGCCUUCUGUCAAUGACGCUGGUAAAGACAGUGAUAAAGAGACAGAAUCGACCAUGAGUGAAGCAAAGACAUCGUUAACAUUUGAGGUUUAUGAACGUAAUGGAACAAGUAAAACCGAUGAUGUUCUUUUCGAUAUGGACUCACUGAGCCAGUUUCCAGUAGAAACUCUAUUGUCACCUCCUCAUGCAAAUUGUGCUAAAGAUGGCUUGAAUAUCUGGAGUUGCUCAUCCCCUAAGCCUGAAAUGAAUGUUACCUAUACGAUUGAAAGCACGGAGAGAAGUUCUAGUAUUGGAAAGAGGGAUCUAAGUUUUCAUAGUAGUGAAAGAGACAAAUGCGUCUCAGACUCUCUGAACGAAUUUACUCAAGCGAAGGCAGGGGGAAUGGCGGCUGUAAACAGAGAAAGCGAAAGAGAACAUUCAGUCACCAUAUUACGCGAGCAAACACCAUUUGUAAACAAUGAGCAUUCUUGCUACCGAGGAAAUGGACUCGUAGAAUGUGAAUUGCAGCAACUUGGAGCGGGCGAAGAAAUCAGUUCUUUCAUCAAGAAGCAAACGUCAUCAUCGGUACCUGCGGAGUUUCUUGGCUUUUCAACGGCUAGCGGUAAACAGGUUCAUGUCUCUGAAGCCGCAUUCAGAAAGGCGAGGAAAACAUUACUAGAAAUCGAUACUGAGUUAAAUCUAAACCGCAGUGUUCCAACUACAAAAGGGGUGGAACCUUGCGACGGCAGAGCUACAAACAAACAAAGGACCUCAGCGAGGGACGGUGAUGGUACUCUCUUUGAUUGCCAGAAAUUGCCUUUUAAAGGGGCGGGAAAUAUUGUGGCGACCGCAUCAACGAUCACUUUGGAUGGCAUGAAGAAACGAAAGCGCGAGGAAUUGCCAUGUGUUGUCCUUUGCACUGCUUCAGCCAGUGCAAAUGAAAACGAUGACUUGCAAAACGUUGACGAGGUUAAAACUAAACAAACCGAUGACUAUAAUGACUCGCUACUUGAGGAUUUACUGAAUGACUGCAAGCGAAAACGGCGAGAUUCCUUAAAGACGAUAACAGAAGAAAACGAAAGAAUUAAAAUGGUCGCUGAGGUAAAAAACCCUACUCCUGAUUCCAACGGUCCACAAUUUUUGAGAGGAAGCAUUGGAGGUCAUGACGGUUUUAACUCUCAAUGCCUUAAGUCAACCCCUAUAUCAGAGGCAGUCGUAUUUAACAGUACAACUUUAGUAACUGACAAUAAUCUGAGUAGCGAACGUCAAAGCUCAGGUGGGUUUCUUAAUAUUCCAAUCACAGCCGUUAAAACUAAAAAGAAUCCUUUAUUUGCUGGUAAGUGCAAGAAUGAGGACAACAUUUGUGAAAUGCGUUUGAAAGACUCGUCAGAGGAGCACUGUGAUAAAGUGAGGGAGACGUCUUCAUUGGUUUCAAACGUAGGUCGCUUUCAUUCCGCUUGCGAAAAUAAUAUUAAUAAUAAUGGUAUUCCUGCUCUCCAAACUGCCUCCGGAAAGAACUUACAGCUGUCUGAAGAAGCCUUAAAUAAAGUAGCAAGUAUAAUGUAUCAGGUUGACAGUUGUGAUGAACGAAAUGUUUGGAAUGAUGAGGAAAAUGGAGACCCUUUAUCAUUAAAAAAAGCAACGUUUCCUACACGCCAAGAGUUAUCAGAGCAGGGAAAUGCGAAAAAGAAAGAAAGUACAAUUAAAUUUGGAGGUUUUCAAACAGCCUCUGGGGAGAAGUUAAUGCUGUCAACGGAAGCACUGCAGAAAGGGGUUGAAAUAAUGCAACAGAUAGACAAAUCCUUCCAAACUCCCGAAAAGGAAGACAGUAAAUUGUCGAGUGAGUCAAUGAAUAACAGAGCGAAGACAACGCAAGGUACUGAAACAUGUCUUGAAGGAGGGAAAAGAAAUAGUGCUUCAUAUCAUCCCAUUUCAACUGCUAUGGAUGAUGAAUUGUCUAAGGAAGAAAAUGGCACAAGUAUUUCUGGCUUUCAAACUGCAAGUGGAAAGAGGGUUACAUUGUCAAACGAAGCCCUACAGAAGGCUGUAUCGAUUAUGAAGCAGAUAGAAAAAUCUCCCACGAAAGGCAACUGUGCCCCUUAUUCAAAGCGUACCGGUGGUUUUUCGGGCUUCCAGACCGCCAGUGGUAUCAGCGUUAAGAUGUCAAGAGAAGCGAUGGAAAAAGGGGCGAUGAUUAUGCAGGAGAUUGCAAAAUCUUUUGAUGAAAGUAAGUUCCAUACAACAUCUUGUCAAAGUGGUAAAACAAGUUUUGCUGGCUUUCAAACGGCAAGUGGGCAAAAAGUUACAUUUUCUAAAGAAGCACUUGAGAAAAGCACAGUAAUAAUGCAGCAGACUGACAGAUCUCUUGCAGAGAGCAAGGACGAUAACGCAUCUUGGCAAAGAAGUAAAACAGGUUUUUCUGGCUUUCAAACGGCAAGUGGGCAAAAAGUUACAUUUUCGGAAGAAGCACUUAAGAAAGGCACAGCAAUAAUACAGCAGAUUGACAGAUCUCUUGCAGAAAGCAAGGAGAAUACCGCAUAUUGGCAAAGCAGUAAUACAGGCUUCUCUGGCUUUCAAACGGCAAGUGGGCAGAAAGUUACAUUGUCGGAAGAAGCUCUUGAGAAAGGUACAGCAAUAAUACAGCAGACUGACAAAUCCCCUGAAGAAGGCAAGGCCAAUAUCGCAUCUUGUCAAAGGAGUAAAACAGGUUUCUCUGGCUUUCAAACGGCAAGUGGACAAAAAGUUACAUUCUCGGAAGAAGCACUUGAGAAAGGGACAGCAAUAAUACAGCAGAUUGACGUAUCCCUUGAAGAAAGCAAGGCCCAUACCGCGUCUUGUCAAAGGAGUAAACCAAGUUUCUCUGGCUUUCAAACGGCAAGUGGGCAGAAAGUGACAUUGUCGGAAGAAGCUCUUGAGAAAGGUACAGCAAUAAUACAGCAGAUUGACAAAUCUCUUAAAGAAAGCAAGGCCAAUAUCGCAUCUUGUCAAAGGAGUAAAACAGGUUUCUCUGGCUUUCAAACGGCAAGUGGACAAAAAGUUACAUUCUCGGAAGAAGCACUUGAGAAAGGGACAGCAAUAAUACAGCAGAUUGACGUAUCCCUUGAAGAAAGCAAGGCCCAUACCGCGUCUUGUCAAAGGAGUAAACCAAGUUUCUCUGGCUUUCAAACGGCAAGUGGGCAAAAAGUUACAUUUUCUAAAGAAUUACUUGAGAAAGGUACAGCAAUAAUACAGCAGAUUGACAAAUCUCUUGAAGAAAGCAAGGCCAAUCCCACAUCUUGUCAAAGGAGUAAAACAUGUUUCUCUGGCUUUCAAACGGCAAGUGGACAAAAAGUUACAUUCUCGGAAGAAGCACUUGAGAAAGGGACAGCAAUAAUGCAGCAAAUUGACAAAUGUCUUGAAGAAAGCAAGGUCAAUACCGCAUCUUGUCAAAGGAGUAAAACAGUUUUCUCUGGCUUUCAAACGGCAAGCGGACGGAGUUUUGAACUUUCUAAAGAAGCACUUGAUAAAGGUACGGUAAUAAUGAAGCAGAUUGACAAAUCUCUUGAAUGGAGUACUAAAAGCAGCGCUGUAUCUUCACUACUGAGUAGAAGCGGUUUUAUUUCUGAGUUUCAACCUGAAAGUAAACUGAGCGCUGAAAAGUCUGGCGAAACUUUGGAGAAGGCAGCGAAGUUAGUGAAUCUAACUGACAAAACAUUUGGAGAGAAAGUUGACAAAGGUCACCCUUGCACGACUAGUCGGUCUACUUUCUCUGGCUUUCAAACUGCGGCUGGUAAAUCGGUACAAAUCUCUGAUUCGGCGCUCGCUAAGGCGAGAGAAACAAUGGCUAGUAUCGACAGUCAUAAUUGUUCAGUGUCUUCGAAUUUAGGAAAUCCUCCAUUUCACACAGAACCCAAACGAAAUAGUACAGCCCCUGCUGUUUCUUUUGAGGUGAAAGGUGUUGUUAUGCCUUUACCAGUAGAGAGUCACGUUUCUGAGCAUGACCAGGUCGUGACGCGUGAGAUGCUCGAAAGCUCCGAAGCUCUCCUUGCUGAUGAAUCAUUUAUGGAUCUCUCGGAGUACCUUAAUGAGAAGGAAGAGCGAUCUGCUGCUGAGAGAAGUUCGUUUGACACGUCGGAAGCUGACGUUUCAUUCGAGGAAAGAAGGACAGUUAAACGUCAAUCAGGUAACCCUAACAGUAGCCAGCAUAGAAUAUCUUGUAAGCCCAUUUUGUAAACCGAAACGGCGUUUUGUUCCUCACCUCGGCACUUACCAAAGCAUUAUAUCCUGAACCCGUAGAAAGUGGUCAUUACAAUGCGAAAAGCUUGAAGGAUCCUCUUUAGCUCUCUUAUAUUCUGACAAAUUAUUUAUAUGGUAUCAGACGUGCUACUAUAGUGCUAUAAUAGCAAUUUAGAUUGCAGCGCGCAGUAAACGUAAGAGUUUAGACAAAAACAGCUUGAAAGUAAGCUGUCAAGCAUAAAAUUGAAAUCAUUGAGAUACCGCAGGUGUGAAGAAGAACUCCACUCGAAGUCUCAAGGCAAUAUGUUUUGCAUUUUUCUUUGUAUCCAGGAGUCGUGUUUGGUUCAAAUCAUAACCUAACGAGGCGUCACUCAUCUCCAGUAAGUAACUGUCUGUCUGUAAGUUUUGAAUCAUUCGAAACAAAAAAGCAGAAAGCAAAUACCCGUUUUAAAGUUUGAAACAGGUAUUUGUUUUCUUUGUUUGUUUGUUUUUUUUGCAAUUUACUUAUUAAUAACAAUAGUUCCACCACUAGGUACACAGAACUUCCGGACCGUCAAAAAAAUUGAGACUGUUUGGUAAUCCUUUUACUUUACGUCUCUUGAAUCUCAAGGUGAUUUAUUAACACUAGAUGUACGUGAAAAAAUUGGCAGGCGCGGUGUGAACAAUAUGAUCGUCUCAAUUUUUUUACAGCACAUUUGUGGUUGCAUGGAUUCGUAGUACCUCCUCAGCUGAAAAAUGCCGGUUUGGACUGGCCAAAAUUAAUAAAGUUCUGCCCAAGGGCAGAUGGUAAACUACUAAGAAAAGUUAAAAUUCAACCUGGUUUGUCCGUUCCGUGUGAACAGAGCGACCAUAUUAAGCGGUUCCAUGUGAACGAAGUGCCCUAUGAAAUUAUUCAGCUGAUCGAAAAUUCGUCCGGUGCCGCAGUGUGGUAGUACAGGGUUGGCACGCACCUUGAAAAUCCUUGAAAGUCCUUGGUUUUUAAGAUAAAAGUUCAAGGCCUUGAAAAUUGCAGUCGGCGCUGGAAAGUCCUUGAAUUUCAAUGCUUAUACCACUACAUGAGAAAUUUUUGCAAUUUGAUUGGCUUAGAGCAGUGGUAUUUCAGCUUAAUUUGCAUGAAAGGCCUACAUGUGAAAUUUACAAACCUUUUGCGGGUAGUGGUAUAAACAGAUAAUAGGACGAUUUGUAGGUGAUAUUUGGCAAAAAUACCACUCGUGAUAUUACAAAAUUGUCUCAAAUUUCACUCGCCUGAUGGCUCGUGAAAUUAAGUAUAACAAUUUCGAAGUAUUACUCGUGGUAUUCGUGCAAAAGAUCACUACAAAUCAUGCUAUUACUAUGCUAACUUAAUAGUUUAAAGAGAAGUCCAAACGAAAAGGAGCAAACACAGAAGGACUUUCGAAAUAAAAUUCCUCAUGUUGUGGAAGAACUAAAAAGGACGUAGACUCUAGCCUUUUUUGCACUGAAAUGAGUCCUUGAAAAAUGUGAAAUGUGUCCUUUAAAGUCCAAAAAAUUCCUUGAAGUAUUUGUUCAAAAAGAGUGUAAGAACCCAGAACGUAGGCUCAGUCACACUAGAACAACUUGUCAGUAGUAUCACAUGACUUGUUUGCCUAAAAAGUUGAUUUUUCCUAUUUUAAUACGGCAUUACUAAUCUUCCGUUAUCGACUGAGUUUCUAAAGCAAAUUGCCUAUCCAGCAUAAGAGAUCCAAAGCUGACGUUUUAUGCCCCAGCCUUUCGUCUACGGCAUCUCUUCGGGCUCGCUUUGUAGAGGGGCAAGCCAAAUGUCAGCUUUUGACUUUUAUGUUAACGGUUUAUCAACUCACUAUUAACCCCAAUUUUUAUAUUCCACCCCCUCCACCUCCCCCCCCCAACCCCAAACCAACUACUGACAGCAAAUUUCUUUAAAAACUGGCCCUUGUUAUGGUAAUAGUGCGUAGUCAUUUUGUAGUGAAAUUUCAGUUGCAGUGUACCGAAGGCAUGUUCAGUUCACGAAAUGGAAUGAAACCUCGCACAACUACUCCGUCAGGUUAGUUUCAAAACGUACUUAAACGAUAUUUGGGAAACUCGCUUUCAAAUGGAAAGCUGCCUUAAAGUAAGAGACUGACUCAUAACAGUAAAUUGUAGUGGAACCACGGAGUGGAACAGCAUAGAGUAUGCAGUUUGUAAUGUGUAACUGGUUUGGCAUUGCUAUGGUUCUUUUCAGGUGUUUUACACGAUCGAAGGACAAGAUCAUUUAACACCCCCCUGCGGGCUCGGCUUGCCAGGGUCGAUAACGUACAGAGUACGAGUACUCAAAGGUAUUUCUCUGCUUUUAUUACUACUCUUACUCCUAGUAGGGCCAAAGAAAAGCUCACAAAAUCGUAAAAUUUUCCUUCUAAAAUUAGAAGAAAUAAAUAUUACCAUGCAAAAGUUCUGCCUAAGAGGUUUUUAAUUGAAUGGUAACACUAUGGGAUUUCGUUUACCUAUGUAAAAGCUUUAGUGAUAAAUAAUCUUGUUAUUACGUAGUCCAGGAUUGAAUAGGUUAAUAAGAUCAUGGUAUUCCAUCAUCACUAGGGAUUUGCGAAGGUUUAUUAACUAAGUAAGGGUAAUUUUUUUUUACUUCUUCAUAGAAUAAACAAGUUUACAGAAAACUGAAGAAAUAAAAAGAAAAAAGGGCAAAAAUAGUGAAACUAAUAUCUUGCCCUAAUAGUUGGAAAAAUAAAUGGAUUCUUAAUUAACUGGAUAAAGUGGUUCCACGGAGCUAAAAGCGCGCGGCCAUCUUUGCUUCCCGCUGACCCGCAUAUAUAAGAAAGUGUAAAUGAUCUUGUUAAGCCCUUAACCUCAUCAACAAUAGAUGAGGUUGGGUGUAGAUGCUCUAUAAGAUGGUGAUGCCAUGCGCAAAAGAGGUAAACCCAAUGUAUCUAAGGCAACCAGUGAGCGGCAACCACAGUGACCAACUAGAUCAGUGGAAAUAAAACACAGUACUCACUUACCGGGAAGGGAGGGAGGGACAGGGAAGAAAUCAGCACAACAGAGCUUAGACGCAAAACACUCUUAGUUGUGCAAUGAAGACCAGCAAUUUGAUCGCUGUAAAGUCAUCAAGUUCUUCAAUUUCCGUGGGGUUUCCCCGCGGAACGUGAGCCGUUACAAAAGUACCCGCUGGCCAGCAUUGUUUCGAGUUUAGCUUCUCAUAAAUUGCAUUUAGCCAUGAAAAAAGUAUGAACAGACUGUUAGUGAACGCGGUAUGGAGUAUUUUAAAGACCUUUGUCAGGAACUAACUUUAGCAUUUUGUUGUGGAAAAUUUAGGCGCCACAUUGACACAGAUUGUAACGGCUCCCCGAGGUCAUCACAAGCUGUGAUACCUAGCGGCUUGAAGCCCAAAUCAUUCAAUGUUCCAAGAACAAGCACUCCGAUAAAUUCUCCAGCAUGCCGCAGAAUGCGUGGACCACGGCCGCCAUUUGUUACGCCUUAUCGAAAGCAGGUUGUCAGCAGGAACGUCUCCCCGCUGGUGCGUUGUACAGCUCCUGGACGUCCCAUCCUCGAGCCAUUGGAGAGCCCGGGAGCCGCAGACGUGGAGCCUUCUUGGAAAAAGCCAAAGAUUUCAUCCCCUAACACCACAUGUAAUUCGAAAAGUAGGGCAGAAUUAUCCGAGGUUGGUUUAGUUUUUACUUCGUGAUUUGUGUCUAAUUACCAUUAAGCUUACAGCAAGGUUUCGUUCACACGGCAGCGGACGAAUUUUCGACCGGCUGAAAAUUCAUGCGGUUAGGUGGUCCGUUUACCCAGAACCACAGGAACUGUACCAAAAUUAAGACGCCUAGCUGUUCAAAGUUCCUUUAAACACAGUCAGUUAGUUAGUAUGGUCAAGUGCUAGUUCGGAGAUGGAUUGUCCCUUGCCAGUCCCUUUGGUCUAGCGCUGUCGUUCCGGGUUCUCCGAUAGUGGCGAACCCGGUGUCCUCAAGCAGAGUGUGUACGUAUGUGGUCCUGGGACUUCCUCUCUUACUUUGUCCGUGUUGUGGCUGUCACAACAGAAGCUUCGAUGCCUCCUCUUUUUUGUCUAACACGAUGCCAAGCUACUCCCU